AUGAUAAUUGGACCGAUUAGAGCCCCACAGUGUAGUAGGUGUGGGAGACACCAUACUGGGGAGUGCUGGACAUGUUUCAAGUAUCACAAGGUUAGGCAUAUCACUCGGUAUUGCCCAGAGAAUGCUCCUCACACUUAUCAGAGGUCUACCAUUCUUGGUUGUGUGUUUUCUAUGACAAGAGAAGAGGAUGAAGUUUCCCCAAAGCUUAUCCGAGGUAUGUUUUCUUUAAGCAAUCAAUACAGUUUUGCUUUGUUUAAUUCUAAUGCUACUCACUCAUUUGUUUUCGAUGAGUAUGCAAAAAGGCUGAGUUUGCAUGUUGUUGAAAUACCUUUCAUGAUAAAUGUGUCUACACCAGUUAGUGCUUCAAUAAGAACCAGUCGAGCUUACUUGAAAGUAGAGUUGAAAUUUGGUGAAAUAGUCACAAGUAAAGAUGGUUUUAUUACCAGUGUACAGGUGACCACAGCGAAUGAUGAGAUUGCACAACUUGUAUCUGUGACUACUUCAGAGAAUCCUAAAUUCCUAUCAGCAAUACAAGUAGAGAAAUCAGUGAGAGAGGGAUGUCAAACCUUCUUAGUGUUCUGCUCAGUACAUGGAGUGUAUGAUAGUGCAUUAGACAAGAUUGGAGUUGUCAAUGAGUUUCCUGAGGUGUUUGCAAAUGAAGUGUCAGGAUUGCCACCAAAGAGAGAGAUUGAGUUCUCAAUUGAUUUAGUACCUAGUACCAAGCCAAUCUCUAAGGCUCCAUAUCGGAUAGCUCCAACAGAAUUAAAUAAGCUUAAAAAGCAGUUAGAGGAGUUAUCAGAGAAGGGGUUGAUUAGACCUAGUGUUUACCUUAGGGUUUGCCUGUUCUAUUUAUCAGGAAGAAAAAUGGCAGUAUAA